UAAGAAGCAUUCUCAAUCUCUUUCUCCUUCAUCUACAGCGAAUAAUCAAAACAAUCAAACAAAAAAGACAGAAAGAAAGAAACUAGGGUUUACUAAACAAACAUAACUUGAAGAAGAAGAUCAUGGCGACGAGAAGAGUUAUUCCUCAACAAGUUCGAGGUGAUGAUCCCGUCGUCGCGGAAGCAAAGAACCGUCGCGCUCUUGGUGACAUCGGGAACAUCGCUUCUCUUCUUCCCGGAGUCGAAGCCGGAAAAGUUAAUCGCCCCUUGACCCGUAACUUCCGUGCCCAGUUGCUUGAAAACGCUAACAAAAAGCAAAUCAAUGUAGCCAAGAAACUAGAAGCGGUUCAAAGGAAAACAAGAGCUGUCGUUAAGCCUCCUCCGCAGCAGACUCAUGAAGUGAUUGUGAUCAGUCCUGAUACUAACGAGGUUGCUAAAGCUAAACACGAUGCUGCGUCGUCCAAGAAGAAAGUUACUUACACUUCCGUUCUCAAUGCUCGAAGCAAGGCUGCUUCCAAGACUCUUGAUAUUGAUUCCGCGGACAAAGACAAUGACCUUGCUGCUGUGGAGUAUGUUGAGGACAUGUACUCUUUCUACAAAGAAGUCGAGAAUGAGAGCAAGGCUCAGAUGUAUAUGCAGACACAGACUGAGAUCAACGAGAAGAUGAGAUCUAUCCUUGUAGACUGGCUUGUAGACGUUCAUGUCAAGUUUGAUCUCUCCCCUGAGACUCUUUACCUCACCAUCAACAUAAUCGAUCGGUUCCUGUCUCUCAAAACUAUCCCGAGGAGAGAGCUACAGCUUCUAGGCGUUAGUGCUUUGCUCAUUGCCUCCAAAUACGAAGAGAUCUGGCCUCCUCAGGUGAAUGAUUUGGUGUAUGUGACAGACAACACGUACCAGAGCAAGCAGAUUCUAGUGAUGGAGAAAACCAUUUUGGGGUGUCUGGAGUGGUACCUGACGGUUCCGACGCAGUAUGUGUUCCUCGCGAGGUUCAUCAAGGCCGCGGUUCCUGACCCGGAGAUGGAGAGCAUGGUUCACUUCUUAGCUGAGUUGGGUCUGAUGCACUACGACGCUUUGAAGUUCCGCCCUUCGAUGCUGGCUGCUUCAGCAGUCUACACCGCGAGAUGCUGCUUGAACAAGACCUCGGUUUGGACUGAAACUCUCGAGUUCCACACUGGAUACUCUGAACAUGAGCUCAUGGACUGCUCGAAGCUAUUAGCAUACAUUCACUCGAGAGUUGGGGAGAGCAAGCUGCGAGCUGUGUUCAAGAAGUAUUCGAAAGCUGAAAGAUGUGCUGUUGCUUUGGUUUCACCAGCAAAGUCUGUUUUGUCUUCUACGCCUGCUCCUUGAAGACGUCUUGAAAGAAUUUGGAUGUGUUUUUAGAUCUCUCUCUGAUCUUUUGGAUGUGUAGUAUACGUUUUCCUGUUGAGAACUGAUAUCAAUAUUAAUGAAUUCUUAUUGUACUAGAAUCGUUUUGGUCUUCUAUAUGAUAUUUGAAUUGGAAUUUGUUCGUUCAUAA